UCCCGGGGCUCCAGCCAGCGCAGGCAACGGCGGCGGCAGAAGGCGAGCCGCGGGCCGUGAGGCCAUGAAGGUGAAGAAGGGCGGCGGCGGGGCCGGGACGGGGGCGGAGCCCGCCCUAGGGGCCUCGGGCCCGAGCACUGAGCCCAAGUUGCAGGGAGAAUCCGAAUCUGGAUCCGAGUCAGAGCCAGAGGCUGGACCGGGGCCCAGACCAGGGCCGAUGCAGAGCAGGCAGCCCAUCGGGCCGGAGGACGUGCUGGGGCUCCAGCGGAUCACAGGCGACUAUUUGUGCUCGCCCGAGGAGAACAUCUACAAGAUCGACUUUGUCAGGUUCAAGAUUCGAGACAUGGACUCAGGCACUGUCCUCUUUGAAAUCAAGAAGCCCCCAGCCUCAGAGCGGUUGCCCAUCAACCGGCAGGACCUGGACCCCAAUGCUGGGCGCUUUGUCCGCUACCAGUUCACGCCUGCCUUCCUCCGCCUACGGCAGGUGGGAGCCACGGUGGAGUUCACUGUGGGGGACAAGCCAGUCAACAACUUCCGCAUGAUCGAGAGGCACUACUUCCGCAACCAGCUGCUCAAAAGCUUUGACUUCCACUUUGGCUUCUGCAUCCCCAGCAGCAAGAAUACCUGCGAGCACAUCUAUGACUUCCCCCAGCUCUCGGAGGAGCUGAUCAGCGAGAUGAUCCGUCACCCAUAUGAAACCCAGUCUGACAGCUUCUACUUUGUGGAUGACCGGCUGGUGAUGCACAACAAAGCUGACUAUUCCUACAGCGGGACACCCUGA